AUCCACACAAUUGAGUAUAUACUAAUAUUAUAUUAAUAUGAUUUUGUGUCUACCACAGGCAGAAAAGAGCACAAUCAGCGCACUGUUUUAUGGAUUUAACUGCACAGAACUGGAAACAACUGUGAACCCAAGCACACAGACACCAACUGUGUGUCAACCCAGUCAGGACUUGACAUGCUCUGGCCAAAGGAACUCUUCUUUCAGUGAGGAUGAAUGCCUGCAGAACAUUGCAAAGGAUCUGACGUAUCAUCAGUCCAGACUCACAGCUUACAUGGCAUCUCUGGAUGAGAAUCAAAACUCUGCGUCCAUCACUGAGCUGAAGUCCAUUACGAAUUCCAUUCAAACCCUUCAGAACUGCUCACUGCUGCUCAACUCAGCACAUCAACCAGAGAGCUGGACAGCAACAGACCCCUUUAAAGAUCGCAAGAAUCUGUGUAAACAGCUGAAGGGCUUUCAUGUUCGUGCCAUCACCAUCACCCGAGCACUGGGGUACAUCUGUGCUGGCGAAUACAAGAAAUGAUUGCGUUACCACUACCAUCAUCAAUACCAUCAUGCUAACUCCUAAUUUAUAGUUAUUUAUUAACCAUGACUUUAUGAAAUGUUGCACUACUGCUUUCUCCACAGCUCCACAGCAUCUAUUUAUUGAUCUGUUUUCUGAGGAAAAAGAAAUGUAUAAGCUAACUAAAUCUCCAGUGGAGACCAUGUGGUGCUUUAAUAUAUUUAUAUCUUCAUGGUGAUUAUUUAAAGUUCCUUUGUUUAUUUAUUUGAUUCAAACCUAUUUAUUUACAGUG